AUGGGUCCAUCUCUAAGGGGUCAUACCUCAAUGACUUCGAUGGCUCCUCGUCCCCAGACUCGCGACACAAACCGCCCGGCGACCCGAGAGCAGACCGUCGACAAUGCUAUCGUCCCCAGCCGAACCUCAUCUCUGCACUCCCGUAUCACCCAGCCUCUACCAUCCACGUUGGCAAAGUCAAACAAUCGACCUACACCCAAAACCUUGACCCAUGCGUAUAUGGUUUGUGGUGUCGGAAGAGAACCUUCGCAAUGGGUCAAGGCCCCACCUCCGUCUCACGGCAAGAUUCAACACAUGAAGGGAGCUGUCGGGCAGUUCUGGCUCCCCGAAAUAUUGGGCAGCAGCCCGAGGUUAGAAACCGAUAAUGAGAUUGCAAGAGCUCUACACAGCGCCAUGAGGGCCUGCUUCCCCCAUGACGUUGAAAUCUGCACCGGCAGGAGCCAGCCACAUUGUGUGCACCACUCAUUUGUCCUCCAGCAGGAUUCUCAGCACACGUUGUACGGCAUUGCUCUGCGAGUAUGGUCGCGAGCCGACGAGAAACGUGCAGAGACCAUCCGCGAUCUCCGGCGCAAGACAGAAACAGACUACCGAGACGUCGCCGACGAAACAUACUGGAUUCCAUACUGUCUGAGUUUUCUGUCGCGAUAUCCUCUGUACAAUCUGUUGGGCGACUACUUGCGAGGCAUGUGGAUUCACUGGAACAAGGCUACCAACCUGUUCCACGCUGAAGAGGUGUCUAGAAUCCUCAGCUUCCCUGCUCCGCGACUCAACGACUUGGUGCGCAUCGACAUGAAGGACUACGCUCUGUGCUACCAGUUCCCGUCUUCGCCCACCGGGUUCCAGAAUUUCAACAUGUGGCCACUGUACUGCUGCUUGAGUAUUCCCAACAUCGUAGGACUUAUCGAGGCUGCUGUUUCACCCACUCGUCGCAUCAUCCUCACCAGCCACCACCCCGCCAUGCUCACAAUCGCAGCAGAAACCAUCAGAUUCUGCGUCCGCGUGUACGAGUGGAGCGGGCUGUAUGUGCCAGUCGUACAUGCACGAAAUGCCAGUGAGAUGGUUCAGGAGCCUGGGCCCUACAUCCUGGGUAUCACCACCGAGUGCCGGUCGCUCUUCCAGCCUCCCAAGGAUGCUCUGCUGGUUGAUUUGGAUCGCAACUUGGUCAUUACUGAUCAUCCCCCGAAUGUUCUGACAGCCGGCCAGCGAACCAAGUUCAUCAACCGUUUGACUCAGGCUUUGAACAGCGAUGUAGAGAUCAGCGGUGUGCCACAGCAUCUGAAGUCUGCCUACGGAGGCGGCAAGCUCAUCCCGGCUGGUCAGAUUAUCGUCCUGCGUGGCGAAGUCGAGAGCGUGCAAGAUCCCUCAUGGUGGAACCAGGACGCCGUUAUGGCCGUCAUGGAUCACGUCUGCGAAAAGCUAGGCCGCAACACAGGUGUCAAAGCUCUGUUCGGCGGUUCGAUGAAGAAACCUCUCAUGACCAAGAUCUCCAUGAGACACAUGAACGAGAUUGUUCGAGAACGGAACCAAUAUUCUCGUGACGCACUCGAAGCAUGGCAAGACUUCAUCAACCUCAAAGGACGUAUGGAUACCGAGCUUGCAAAGGUCGCCAAGCGGAACAACUACCUGGAGCAGGAAGUCGAGACGUGGAAGCUGCAGUUCCAGAAGUUCCAGGCUUUCGUCGAAUCGCUCAACAAGGAGUUGGCUGAACUCCGGGUCAAGAUUGAAUCUCACAAGCGCGAGAACCGCAGACUUACUGGCCUCAUUGACCAGCAGAAAGAAGAUGCUGCCCGUCUUGCUCUCCGGCUGUCUGGCACAGAGAGACAGCGUGACAAUGCUCUCGAAGCACUUGUUCUGCAACAGGGCAUCGCCGAGGACCUCGAGAAGGAGCGGAGCCGGAACAGAAAAGAAAUUGCAGCCCUGCAGCACACCAACCAAACUCUGCAGAGACAGCGGGAUGAAGCUCAGCGGGUGGUUCUCCAUCUCCGAUCCCUCAUCACCGGUCAAACCCAUCACAUGGAACACAUUGUUCGUUCUAUUGGCUCGGCCUCAGAGCUGGCGGAAUACAUCCACGAGGGCUACGAAGAGGAGCCUGAGGAAGACGAUGACGAGGAGCAAGACGAGAUGCCCGAAGAAGAAAGACUCAAGAACGUGACCAAGCGAGCGUCGUUGCGACAGUCGAGAUCAGCAUCAGUUGACGGCCAAGAUGUCACACCUCAGAUGGAGACCAAACUCCUGGCUAGCAGCAAGCGGGCGAGCAAGCGCUACUCAACGCUCAGCAUGUCCGAUGUUGCGGAUCGUCAUCUCCGUGACAAGACUGAUGCAAUUGCGGAUAUCAUUCGCAAUAUUAGUGAGCAAUGCGCUGCUGCCGUCGAGGGCCUUCAGCUUGCAAAUGAAGCCGCUGAAAUUGAGGAUGAUGAGCAGGGUGAGGGCGCGGAAGCUGGUGCCCCGUCAUCGUCGAGCCAUACCCGACAGAAUAGCGACAACUUGUCGCCGAUUGAUCAGGCUGCCGCUGAUGCUCGAAGUUCAGGCACUGGUCAUCUGACACCGCAGAGCGAACGAAGCUCCAUUCCACCUACCCCAGAUCUAGUCCAUCAAAGAUCUAGUACCGCGCUGAGCAUGGCUAGCACCGCGCCCACGAACUAUACCAACCGGGAAUCCUUGAACCACAACACUCGCGGGCCUGAGCGGACCAAGAUCGUCGAGGACGACGACGCCGAACGUGCCCAUGCGACUGCUGGGAGCGGGAGCGGCAGCGUAAAAGGCGAGCCUGCUGCCGAAGAGGUUGUCAAGCAACCUGUCGGUCGAGGCGCGGUUCUCAGCCGAGUCUUGGAAGCAUGA